AUGGGAUGCUGUGACUCUAGACAAGAAGAUCCCAAAGCAGAUAACUCUCCAAAGAAAGGUAAAUUAAAAAGGAAAAGGUUUACAAAAAACUAUACAAAGAACUCCAAAAAUAAAUCUCAAGAUGAUGAAUUAAGUAGAAAGGCAACAGCUCAAACUCAUGUUUUAAAAAUUGAUCCUUCAUGGGUUAGAGAAAACUUUUCUGUUAUUAAGAAGUUCCAAGAAACUCAAUUUGGUGAUAGUAAGCUUGCUGUUGAUAAACGAUUUAAUUGUCAAAGAAUUAUCAAAGAAAUCAAUAAAACAAUUAUUAAUCCUAAAGCAAAGGAUAGCGACUGGAAUGAAUUAAAUAUAAUUUUAGAGCUUGUAAAUGUCAUUUAGGAUCAUCCAGGAAUUGAAAAAGUUUAUGACAUUAUGAUAACAAAUGAUAAAAUUUAUUUUGUCCUUGAGUACUUAAAAGGUGAUAGCCUCUUCACAAGAAUUUUAGAUCAUGGAAUAAAUGAGCAGCAGGCAAGCAAUUACAUUGGAGAAAUAUUAAAAAUCAUGCAGUUUUAUCACAGCAAAGGAAUUGUCCAUAAAAGUAUCAGACCUGAAAAUAUAGUCUUUGAAUCGAAGUCACGUGACGCCUUACUAAAACUAAAGGACUUCGGGGAAUCAUCAAGGAUUUUUGAUAGCCCUUAUAGAUUGGAAUUCGUAAAUAUCAUAUAGUUUCAUUAUAUGUCUCCAGAGAUGCUUAAAGGUGAUUAUAGUCAUGCUGCAAGUGACAUAUGAAGUCUGGGUGUUAUUUUAUUUGUAAUGAUGACAGGUAAGCAUCCAUUUCCAAGUGAUACACCUGCUAUCUUGACUCAAAAAAUCAACAAGGGUUUAUUGUUAAGCGAUUCUUUUUUUUCUAUAUAUUCAAAUGAUUUAAAAGAUUUCUUAACAAAAAUUCUUACAAUUGAACACAGCAGGAGAAUUACUGCUUCUGAAGCACUUAAGCAUCCAUGAAUAAUAAAUAAUGAUAAGCACAACAGCCUGCCCGGGGAAAGUAAGCAAGCAGCGAUUCAGCUAACAAAAUUUCAUGUAUAUUUUAUAUAGGUCCAAAGUAUGAUAGAAAAAGCCAUAUUUAGUUACGUUGUAAAGCAAUUUUCGAAUUUUUCUGAAGAAAAAGAAUAUAUAAAAAUAUUUAAGUCAUUAGAUACAAAUAAUGAUGGCUCGAUAGGUAAAGAAGAACUCAUAGAAGGAUGCAAGAUCUUAUCAAUAGAAAAUUCUUCUGAAAUCGAAAAAAUAAUUUCGGCUUGUGAUAUUGAUGGUGAUGGGAAAAUAGAAUUUACUGAGUUUAUCGUUGCUGCAACUAAUUGGAAUACUUCAGAGCAGAUCGAAAAACUUAGAAAAGCGUUCAAAAGUUUUGAUAAAAGUGGUGACGGUCAAUUAAGCGUACUUCCCCCAUCCUUGAUCGAACGGCUCGCCAUUGUUCGAUCAAGGAUGUGGGUUAAAAAAAAUAUAAUAUAAAUAAAAUAAAAAAAUAUAUGGUUUUUUAUAUACUUUUAAAUAAGAGUGUUAAUAGUAUUUAAUAAUUAUUUUUACAGCAAAAAUUGAAUUAUAUUCACAAAGAAAACCAAUUUUUAAUAUUUUGAUUUUUUGGUUACCCCUUAAACUGUAUAAAUUUUAAUUUGUUCCUUAUUAAAUUAAAAAAUUUUAAAUUUUAAAGAAUCUCUAUUUUAGAUUAUUGAGUUUUUAAGCCCAGUUUGAUGACUAAAGCACUUCGGAUGGUUGAUUCUGCAGCUUCUUGUCGUCUCAAACCCUCUGACAACAACUUCGUUAGGCACAUCUCCCAAGCUUUUGAAAACUAUUAUAUUUUUAUAUAUAUAAAAAUUUGCACAAGGAAUUUUUACAGCGAAGCAUUCGAUCAAGGAUGGGGGAGUUAGGAGAAUUAAAAGUGGCUGUUCCGGGAUUUGAAAAUUCACAAUGGGACAAAUUUUUUGAGAAAGCAGACAUUAGUAAUGAUGGGAAAAUUAGCUUUGAGGAGUUUCAAAGAAUCCUUUUAAAAGAGAGUAAAGUUAAUUAA